GAGAUUCAGGUGAGAAUGUUCUGAAGCCAGAAUGAAUUUUGCAGCCGAAAAGGAAACAGAGUAGUGAGAGACCAGAUCCCCGAGCACCAAGGAAAGAAGCCAGUUAUCAGUUCCCAGGUCCUGAUCAGCUCUUCCCAGCCUCAGAGAAGCCAUGGGAGCCUGCUGCAUCCAGUAUGUCCUGCUCCUCUCUCUGCUGGGCUUCUUCCCCUGCUCAGAUACUCUGACCUGUCAGGAGGGAAGCAUAAUGAAGCUUGGCCAAAACUUCUCUAAGGCAGCAAUUGAAUGGCCCAAAAAUACGACUGUGUCAAUUCACGGUGAUAGACUGAUGUGUCAGGAGACACUUGUGCUCAUAGAUGUAGGUGAAAACUCGCUGAUGAUAGGGAGCAAAGGUUCCAUCAAGGAUUCUGAUCAGACCCAAAAUAUCCAAGUGUUUUCUGCUGGGCCUGGAAUAGUGGCCGCCUCUUAUGUCCACUUCUGUGACACUGAACUAUGCAACAACGCUGACAGCACCAGUGUUCUACUUAACAACCUGUCACUUUCAGCCUACAAUGAGCCAGGAACUAUCCAGUGUGAUGUCUGCUUGAAUUUUGGGAGUCUUUGUAAGAACACCUCCAUCCUUGCCUCCUGCCCUAUGGAAACUAAAUGCUAUGCCGGUACUUUUGUAGUGAACAGAGGUGGCAUCAGUACCUUUUUUGACAUUUUCGGAUGCCUGAGCUCAUCUUACACAUAUUUAUUCAAAAACCAAACUUCAAUUGGGAUCCUUGGUAUAAAAGAAACGCUCAAGAAAAAUAACACCACUUCAUUCUCACAUGUACUUGUCCCGAGCACCCUCCCAGUCUGGAUGUUAGGGCUCAGGGCUCUUCUCAGCCCUUUGUGUGCAGGGAUUUGUCCUCUCUGCUGAACCCAUUUCCCUGUCAAUCUGAAUCCCUCUUGGCCAUCCAUACCCAGCCCUCCUCUGACCUCAUAACCCAAAGACCUGAGACUGGGCACUGUCAGGCUGUGCUGUCGGGUGCCCUCAUCCCUCCCCCACACACUCUGCCUCCUCAUGUUUAGAUAUGGGAGCCACUGAACUCACCCUGCUCCAGAGCAGACAACCGCACACUGACCGCACAUGUGGAAAAUAAAGUUGCUGUUAUUUACCA